AUGUUAUGUUGGGGACUUUGGUGCAGUAGGAAUGACUGUGUGUGGAAAGGGGCUAAUUUUUACAACCGCGCAUUUGUGGUGCAUGCAGCGUUAUCAUUUUGGAGAAAUUGGAAGCAGGUCAAUGAGUUGAGCGAUACAUACAUACUGCCUAGUAAUGUGGUGGAUCAAUGGAAACCUCCAAUCCAUGGUCGGUUGAAGUUGAAUACGAAUGUGGCAUUAGAUGGAUCCAGCUCGGUAAUGGGACUUGGUUGGAUUAUUAAAGAUGAUGCUGGACGAUUUAUUGCUGCAAAGUCUGAGUCCAUUGUUGGGGUCUUCAAUGUUAAAGAAGCCGAGGCAGUAAGCAUACGUGAAGCACUUAGUUGGUUGAAGGGGUUGGGCUACGGUGAUGUGGACGUUGAAACUAAUUCCCAACUCGUAUUUCAUGCAUUAUCUUCUGAUUCGUUUAGUUCCUCGUUUUGUCUUAUUAUUGAUGAUAUCAAAGAAACUACUUCUCAGAUUCAUGAUGUAGUCUUUUAA